UAACAACAACAACAACAAUGGCCUCUGUCUACAGUUGUAUGGAAUGCGGCUCCAACCUCAAUCUCAACGCCAUCUACGCAUACCCACCCGAUUUCUACUUCGAAGCCGGCAACAAAGACUCCGUUUCCUUCUCUGCCGUUGAUGCUUCCAAGUUCAAGUUCGAGAAGGAGGACAAGAUUCGACCCUUCUUUGAGACCGUUAACUACUGGGGAAUCCAGAGGAAGAGGACUAAGAUCAAGUGCAAUAGUUGUGCCCAUCUUCUUGGUUAUGUUUACGAUGAUGGCCCUCCUCUUACCAACAGUCCCGGUCAAUUUCACAUGGGACCUAGCCAAGUUAUCCCCAGAGCCCCUAGAUAUAGGUUCAAGACCAAAGCCCUUCAGAUCACUUCAAAUUAAACACUUUCUCGUCAUGUUUUUAUACGGAUCACAGUUUUUCUGUAUUAUUUCACACCCUUCUUUCGAAUAAAGUAAAAAUAGUUUUGUAAUAUUUCCAUUCAAUUCAAUUACUUCGUUGUAUAUUACCAAUUUGAAUUGUUUUGUUUGCUAAUUAGGGAAAUCAUUGUAAUUACAAGAGAAUCUGAUUUUUUGGGUACCUUGAUCUGCUUCUCAUAGAUUCAAGGGUGGGGACUUGGGAGUUGGAAUCAAAACGAUUCCUUCAUAUUUGAUGAAGACCUCGUUUUUGAUAGUUUGAAGGAUAGGGUAUUAACCACAACCCAAGUUUUCCGAUCUCCUUUUUGACAUUUCUUUUCAGUUCCCUUCAUGCUUGAUGCCUCUCCCAAAAUUGACAAAUUGGAAUUCUGUUUUGUUUACCUGGG